CUUAAAAGAGCUGGUAUUACAUGGUUCUGCUUUAUGUGCCCUAAAUGAACCAGGAAUGAUCAGGAGGAUAUGAUGACCUCCAGUUAGAGUGCAUCUUAGUAACCAUAAAACUGCUUUAGUGGAUACAUUGGGUAGCAUGCUUAUUUGUAGCUGUAUGAGCUAUGCACAGUAAAGCUGCAAUCAACUUACUUUGGAGACCUUUUCAUUGUAUUUGUGGUCUUGUUGCACUACAACAAUACAGCCCAACGUAUUUAGGCACUAGCAGCAAUGGAGAAUUUGUCCAGACACUGAUUAUGCUGACAGCAUAUAUGCCUUUGGCAAUGUUGCCUCAGGUGGGGAUUAAGGAUUCUGGUUAACAUCUGAGUCCGGCAUCAUAAUUAUAAUUAUCUCUAAGUGUGGUUAUAGAUGAUAUGCAUGUGACUACCCUUAGCCAUGCCUCCACCCUCCUCUGAAUUUGCUUCCUUUUGUUGCGAACAGAAUAAAAUGAAAGGUCUGCUGCUGCUUACAUGUUUGACAUUCUGGGACUCAAGGCAAGAUACACCUGAACUCUCACUGUAGCUAUGGGCACUGCUUUCUUGAUUGUGUUAUGCUGUUGCAUCCUGACAGUUACUCCCUUUACAGAAGAUCAACUGUUCAGAGCAACAAACUAUAUACAUAAAACAAUUACUAGGGGCAUAAAUGUUCAGUACUCAUAUGUUGCUGUAUUCACGGCUGACCAGUGCAUAAAUCUUAAUAUUGAGGAUUUGAUGAAUGCUCUCAGAGAAGAAAAUGCUUCAGUCCUUGUGAAAAUGGUCAAAAGUAAAAAAAUAUAUGAAGGACCCAGAAUGGUAGCAGCUUCAUACCUACGAUUAGAUAAUGGUAGCGCAGUGCAUGCAGAAGCUCGUCUUCUGAAUGGUAAAGGAGGAGCUCCAUCUCCAGUGCAGAAUUUACUAAACAUAAACCAGGAUAAAGGAUGUGUGUUGUUUUACACUCUGAAUUCACCUUGUACGCGCUACUGUGCCAAGGUUGGAGGGCGGUACAAUAUCCUAAGCAGACUUGAUAUCUUCAAUGGAAUACAGAACAGAGCUUUAGUUUACAAUGAGGUGUAUCAUGAUGAAUUUGACAAAAACGAAACUGACGUUUGGGCAGCUUGGGCAGCGAUAAAUAGAAGAAUUGAUUUCUAUCGUUGCACCAAUAAUCAAUGUUAUAGAUGUUUUGAAUAUAACACAGGCAGUCGAAAUACAGAUUGCUAUUAAAAUGAAACAGUUUGUCCUCCAACAAAAGUUUCAUACGUGUUUUAGAGCAUAAACAUGUACAAAUCACAAUGUUGGUAGUGUAUCUAAUUUUUACUGCAAACACAUGGUCAAAAUGUACCCAUACUGCAUUAUUACUGGAAUAUUUGAAGCAUGCUAAGCACUAGCCAUCCUGAGCUCUCUAUAUGUAGCAUCAUCUGCGCAAAGAAGGAUUAUUUUAACUGUCCACCACUUGCGGUAAAUGUGCCAUGUGUAAUGCAGCUGGAUUGUCAGUAAACACAGGCAACAACCCAUUUGAGUUAGGGAUAGAAAUAUUAUUGAAACCAUGCCACUGCAGUUCUUGAGCAAAUUAAUCAGUCUAAUUUACAUAAUUGUCCUUUAUACUUAAGAGACAUCAACAGCAUGGUGAGUUGUGUAAAGAAAAAAAUUAAAUUUACUGCUAAUUCUACAUAUUCAUAUAGAGGAAUGAUGUGUUUGAGUGUGUGGGGGCAGUAAUGUGUUUACCUUAAAUAUAAUGCAUUUUGUAGGUAUAGGCCCCAAUCUAACAUAAUUAUUUGUUUUAUUUUAUCAUCUGUAUGCUGGUGAUAUCUCACAUGUCCUCCUGUGCUGCACAUACAUUUUUAAAAACGAGUUCCUUUUUCUCUGUUAUAAUAAAACAGUACCCUGUACUUGAUACAAACUAAGAUAUAAUUAAGCAUUAUUGGAAGCAACACCAGCCUAUUGGGUUUAUUAAACGAUUAAAUGAUUUUCUUUUCUUUUUCGUAGUGUAUCUGUGUAUCAUGACCAUUUAUUCACAAAUUAUACAGUGCCCAAUUGGUGUAAUAACAGCUGCUGUUAAUCAUAAGUACACAGUGGUGGAUUCCCUACUCCCAGAUUACAAUAGCUCACUAAUGCUUACAAUAUUCUAGUGUGAUGCUUUUUCUAUGACAUAAUAUUUAUAACUAAUGGUGAUGCUUUCUCAGCUACUAUCAUGCUACAUUUUGUUAUGGAAAUAACACAAUGAAAUCCUCAUCCAGUUUCUGGUCCUUUCAAAGACUUUAGCGGUCCAGGGACAGAGAACACUGAAACAAUGCUAUUGCUAUUGCCAAAUGCCAAAAUGCUGCUCUCUUUUAAUACAGUCUAUAUUUUUUUCCAAAAGAUUUUACAAUAAAGGCAUCCAAGGGGUUAAGAAAUUUAAAGGGCAGAUGUUGUUAACCAUUUAAACUUACAUCUUUUGCUGGGUCAGAAAAAAGUUUUAAACAUAAACAAUAAUAUAUUUUUUGUUUCUGUUUUAAAGGAGAAGAAAUGGCAGUUUUACUUGGAAGUGCCAAAAGUUAGGCACUCCCAAGUGAUUGUAUUUACUUACC